AUGGGCAAUACCUGCGUCGGCCCCAGCGCCGCCGGCCGCAACGGCUUCCUGGCGAACGUCACCAUCUGGCGGCCCCGCGGCGAGGCCCCGCCUGCCCCAGCCCUACCGCCGCCCUCCUCCCCCGCCUCCGACAAGGCGCCCGAGCCUGUCACCAUCCCGGAUUCGGAGCAUUCUUCCCACCACUCAUCCCGAUCCUUCGACCAGCCGCCGCCCGCCGCCGCCCAGCAGCAGGGCCAGCAGCAGGACAACCCUCCGGCGAAGAAACCCGUGCCCAAGGUCAAGCGCGUCCAGAGCGCGGGCCUCCUCGCUGACUCCGUCCUCAAGCGCGACGUCAACACGGCCCGGCUCAAGGACCUCUACACCAUCGGGAAGAAGCUAGGGCAGGGGCAGUUCGGCACCACCUACCUCUGCGUCGAGAAGGCCACCGGCCGGGAAUUCGCCAGCAAGUCCAUUGCCAAGCGGAAGCUGCUCACGGAGGAGGAUGUCGAGGACGUGCGCCGCGAGAUCCAGAUCAUGCACCACCUCGCGGGCCACGCCAAUGUCGUCUCCAUCGUCGGCGCCUACGAGGACGCCGUCGCCGUGCAGCUCGUCAUGGAGCUCUGCGCCGGCGGCGAACUCUUCGACAGGAUCAUCCAGAGGGGGCAUUACUCCGAGAAGGCCGCGGCGCAGCUGACCAGGGUGAUCGUCGGCGUCGUCGAGGCGUGCCACUCGCUCGGCGUGAUGCAUAGGGAUCUUAAGCCGGAGAAUUUCUUGUUUGUCAACCAGAAGGAGGACUCGCCCCUCAAGACCAUCGAUUUUGGCCUCUCCAUCUUCUUCAAGCCAGGCGAAAUAUUUACGGAUGUUGUUGGAAGCCCAUACUAUGUUGCACCAGAGGUUCUGCUAAAACACUAUGGCCGUGAGGUUGACGUAUGGAGUGCAGGUGUCAUAAUCUAUAUCCUUUUAAGUGGGGUCCCUCCAUUCUGGGAUGAAAGUGAACAAGGGAUAUUUGAACAAGUUUUGAAAGGUGACCUGGACUUUUCGUCAGAGCCCUGGCCUAGCAUCUCAGAGAGCGCUAAGGAUUUGGUCAGGAAAAUGCUUAUUCGCGAUCCAAAGAAGAGAUUAACUGCCCAUGAAGCCCUAUGUCACCCUUGGGUUUGUGUUGAUGGAGUUGCUCCUGACAGGCCUCUUGAUUCUGCUGUUCUAAGUCGGUUGAAACAAUUUUCUGCAAUGAACAAACUAAAGAAAAUGGCCCUUAGGGUUAUUGCUGAAAGUUUAUCUGAGGAAGAAAUUGCAGGAUUAAAAGAAAUGUUCAAAAUGCUUGACACUGACAACAGUGGUCAUAUCACAUUAGAGGAACUAAAAACUGGCUUGCAGAGAGUUGGUGCUACUUUGAUGGACUCAGAAAUCAAUGCUCUAAUGGAAGCAGCGGACAUCGAUAACAGUGGCACAAUUGAUUAUGGAGAGUUUAUUGCUGCAACUUUGCAUAUAAACAAAGUUGAAAAGGAGGAUAAGCUCUUCGCGGCUUUCUCAUACUUCGACAAAGAUGGCAGCGGUUACAUAACUCAAGAUGAGCUCCAAAAGGCAUGUGAGGAGUUUGGUAUAGGGGAUACACGACUUGAGGAUAUUAUUGGGGACAUUGAUCAGGACAAUGAUGGAAGGAUUGACUACAAUGAGUUUGUUGCGAUGAUGCAAAAGGGAGAUAAUCCACUUGGGAGAAAGGGGCAUCAAAGUAAUGUGAAUUUUGGUCUUGGGGAAGCACUGAAGCUUCGGUAA